GAUUGGUUCUCAGCCGUAUCCGGUGGGGCAGCGGUCCAAGGCUCGGGAAAAAAAUCGAAGCGAGGAGGAUCUGGUAACGGUACGCUUUGACAAUUAUCCAUCCCGAGUCACUAUCGAGGGGCUCGGCAGGAAUUUUCACUUCUUCUCAAAGGUUAGAGGUCGCAGAUCAGGGUUGUGGUUGUCAUCAUGGCAUCUGGAAGUACUAGCAGUGAGGAGGAGCGGAGCCUGAGGGAAUGUGAGCAGUACGUGCAGAAACACAACAUUCAGCAGCUGUUGAAGGACUGCAUUGUCCAGCUAUGCACCUCCAGGCCAGACAGGCCCAUGGCCUUCCUCAGGGAGUACUUCGAGAGGCUGGAGAAGGAGGAGGCCAAGCAGAUCCAGAACCAGCAGAAGGCCAGCAGUUCCCGCUCUGACUCACGUGAUGAGGAGGUGUCUCCACCCAUGAACCCCGUGGUGAAGGGUCGCCGGCGGAGAGGAGCAUUCAGCGCAGAGGUUUACACAGAGGAGGAUGCCGCCUCUUACGUCAGAAAGGUCAUUCCUAAAGACUACAAGACAAUGGCAGCCCUGGCCAAAGCUAUUGAAAAGAAUGUGCUCUUCUCACACCUGGAUGACAAUGAAAGGAGUGACAUAUUUGAUGCAAUGUUUCCAGUCACCUACAUUGCUGGGGAAACGGUUAUUCUGCAGGGUGACGAGGGAGAUAAUUUCUAUGUAAUCGACCAAGGAGAGAUGGAUGUGGAUGUAAACAAUGAAUGGGUGACCAGUAUUGGAGAGGGCGGAAGCUUUGGAGAGCUGGCCCUGAUCUACGGUACCCCGAGGGCUGCCACCGUUAGAGCCAAGACCAAUGUGAAGCUGUGGGGCAUCGACAGAGACAGCUACAGGAGAAUACUUAUGGGAAGCACUUUGAGAAAGAGGAAGAUGUACGAGGAAUUCCUCAGGAAAGUGUCCAUUUUAGAGUCUCUUGACAAAUGGGAGCGUCUGACAGUCGCUGAUGCCUUGGAGCCCGUCCAGUUUGAGGAUGGACAGAAGAUUGUUGUGCAGGGAGAACCUGGAGAUGAGUUCUUCAUCAUCUUAGAGGGUUCAGCAGCUGUGUUGCAGCGUCGCUCAGAGAACGAGGAGUUUGUGGAAGUGGGCAGAUUAGCACCAUCCGACUAUUUUGGUGAGAUUGCUCUGCUGAUGAACCGUCCCCGCGCUGCCACCGUGGUCGCCCGCGGCCCCCUGAAGUGCGUGAAGCUCGACCGGCCCCGCUUCGAGCGCGUCCUGGGCCCCUGUUCAGACAUUCUCAAACGGAACAUCCAACAGUACAACAGCUUCGUGUCGCUGUCUGUCUGAGGGGGGCGCCCUCCUCCACUCCGCCCCCCUCCUCUACCCCCUCUCCCUCUUUUCUCCUUUUAGACCCAGGGUCCACAAUGCAAUUUGCUUUUCUUUGUCACUUUCUUCUUCCUUCUGAUUGCUUCCCUUUCCCCCCCUUUUUUUUCAUUUUACACACGUACAGUUUUUAUUUUUUCGUUCCAGCCGUCACGCAGAGGCGACUUUUAGCCAUUCACCAGCGCUUGUACCAGCUGCUGUACGCUACCUUGUAGGCACAGUUACAUUUCCUGUUACCUAUGUUAUUAUAUGUAUUUGCUGGUUACGCUUCUUUUUAGACUCAACCUUAAACAUAAAACAGGACUGAGAGGGGAUCUGAAAACGACGAGACAGGACAAUCAAACUUAUACGGCGCUCUCGGUCAAUUUGUUACAGUUUUACAGUUGAGUGAGGAGAGGACUGCUUCUUUCAUGUUCCCUUUUGACAUCAGUUCACCUGGUUCAGUGUAGGACCUAAAACUGUAAAAAGCAGGAAGAUCGCAUCAAAUCACAUCAAUGUUCAGCUACAAUUCAGCGACAUUGUGCUCAAUUUGUUGUUUUUGUUGGUAUGAUUCGACAAUGAUGAACUUUUUUGCUUAGUUUAAGAGAGCUUGUACAACUUUUUUUUUUUUUCUUUCUUUUUUUUUCUAUUGUGCAGCUACCAGGCUAGUGCCAAAUGUUGAUUAUUGUCACAACGCAAAGAUGCAUAGCUGUGGAAAAUGCAGUUUCGGAGCUCCACACAGGAAGUAGUCAUUUCCCCCGUUGUCCCCUUAAUCAGUAGAAGACCAUACAAGAACAGCCUUGACUACUCUGAGGAAAAAAAAAAAUUAAAAAAGCAAAGAAAAAAGUAUUAAGUGUAUUUCAGUAUUCAAUUUUUUUUAGUAUAUACCAAAUAACUUGGUCACUCUUCUGCUAUGGUUUGUAAUUAAAAUGUUAUCAUAGUAUAGUUAAACUAAUCAUAGUUAUAUAAUUAUCAUUGACUAAAUGAUAAACUUAUGGUUUGGAGUGAUGGUGAAUCUUAAAAAACAAAAACAAAAAAAAAAAAAGUUUAACUGUCUUUUGUAAACACUUAUUUUUCCAUGAAUUCUAUUUUAGGUGUCCAGUGCCACAAAGUAAAUAAAUGCUUCUUCUUGUCAACUGACAAAACAGUAUGUAAUUGUAUUGUGUGAAACAUCAUGGGUUUAAACUUUUACAAUGUAGAUCAAACGGGGAAUUCCAGGUUUAUUGAAGUGAAGUCUUGAGACGUUAACGGUGAACGGAUUUCAGGACGACUGAAGUAUUUAUGUAUCGAUGCGUCGCGGGUUGGUGCCGACGGGCCGAGUGAACAGAUAUUUAUUUAAAACUAGUGUCAUUGCUUAUGCCUGUUGAAAAGGUGGCUGUCUUUUCAUCGGAGUAGCUUGUGAUCUGUUCUCUAUGCUUACUUGGCAUGAUGUUUUUAGACAUCCAGUGAUCCGGUUUGAACGGAGAGCGUGUAGUAGAAAAACGUGCCCUGCGGCUGCGUGCGAGGAGCAGGGCCUUUGUCAAAUAAUUUGGUUUGUUACUCCCUUAGCUUAACUGCUUCAUGACUAUUUAGGUGGCAUCAAAUGUUUUGGUUUUUCUGUUUGUUUUUGUUUUAAGCUCUUUACCAAAUCACACUUCUGGAUAUAAGGCUUAAACUCUUCAUUCCUGACUCACAGUCUGUUACCAGAACCAGUCGUUUUUUCUGUUUUCUUUGUGUCUAUUUUAAGCACUUAGAGCUGACAUGUAUGUAUUUCCAAAACUGUUUUGAUUUCGGUGCCGAUUGCAGAGUAGUCAGGUUAGUGACGAUGAAGGCGCGUGUGUUUUUCUUUACAGUUACAUGAAUAGUUUUUCAUCUAUUCCACUUCACCCUCAGGUUGUGGAUUCGGUUUGGGAUUUGUGUCAUAACUUUUGGAGUAUGAUGACACUUCCUGUUUCUCCUGAUCUACGGGACUCCUUCAGAAGCGAGGGUUCAACUCUGCUUAUUGUUUUCAUGUAAAUAGGAGCAGCAUCGUCAUCAGAUUUAGUCACACAGCAGUCGUCCCGGUUUGCCUUAGCUUACCUAACCUGGGCUUACAGUAGUCGUCAGUCCACUCCUGCUAUAGCCCGACCUUCAGUGAGGAGUUUGUUAAACCUGCGGCGCAAGCUACAGGCGAUCAGCGGACCAUUCUUUUUCUAUUCCUCCCUGUAUUCAGUUUGACCUCCUGUAUGUGCAAAAAUGUUUAUCCUUUUGGUAUAGAUUGUUCCAGAUGGCAGUUUAAGCAAUAAAAAAGUAAAAAUCAUCAA